GUAUGCUGAGUGGGUGAAUGUUGCAGUUGCAUAGCUCAGUUCCGCUUCGGUCGGAGGAUAAGUUAGUGUCAGCCGGUGAGGACUAAUACUUAGGGGACUUUGUACUUAAUACCUGGGCACUACCAUGGCAUUGUUACUCGAUCACCAGUUUAACCCUUUGCCCGCGGACAAACAAAUAGACACUAGCAGCUUUUUACAGUCUGUGUCCUACCUACCCAGCUUCUUUGACAUCCUUGGACCUGCGAUAUUCUCUCCAAUCAAAGCAGAUAUUACAGGCAAUAUUACGAAAAUUCGGACGGUGUACGAAACAAACCCCACAAAGUUUAAAACGUUGCAGCAGAUUCUUGAAGGAGAGAAGGAAAUGCAUGGACCGCAAUGGCCAAAGGUUGGCGCAACGUUGGCUUUGAUGUGGUUAAAAAGGGGUCUGAAGUUUGUCGAAGUUAUGCUGCAGAGCAUCUCUGAUGGGGAAAAAGAUGAGAAAAACCCAAAUCUUAUCAAGGUCAAUGCCACCAAAGCUUACGAGAUAGCACUCCAAAAAUACCAUGGCUGGGCGGUACAAAAACUUUUCAAGGCUGCGUUGUAUGCUGCUCCAUACAAAGAUGACUUCCUGAAGGCACUCUCCAAAGGACAGAAUGUGAAGGAAGAGGAAUGCAUAGAGAAGAUCCGCCAGUUCCUAGUGAAUUACUCCGCCACGAUUGAAGCAAUCUACAUUAUGUAUAACAAGAUGGGUGCAGAACUGUAUUACAAAGCUUAGCUAUCUACACCAAUGACUAAUAACCAUUCACUAAAUCUGUUUUUCAGCUCAGGAUUUAAUCUCCUAAUAACUAAAUUCUUACUAGAACUAUCAGUCAGGCACCUCCAAGAUACAGAACCAAAAUAAAAGGAUUACAGUGACGUUCAUUAGGCUUAAAUUAACUAAAGUUGGGCUUCUACAUCAGUAUUUAAAUUAUGGAAAUAUAGUAACAUUCUUUUCACUAAAUAAAAUGAUACCCUAAAUGAAUCUGUCCAGUCAGAAAGAUGCAAAACAUGGAAGCUUCUUUUUUUCAUCUCUGUACUUUUUCAGGUUUUAUUAUUAUCAUUUUUUUUACAAGUUUAGUGAUGACUUUCAACCAUAACGGGUCAUUUUUUAAUUUUUUUUUUUAAACCUGGAAAACUAAUUGCUAGAGAGCUUCUGUAUCAUUUACUUCCAAUACUUUACAGUGAUUUGUUUUUAAUGAUUUGAGCAAUGCACUUUAUCGCACUGCUCUGUAUUCUCUUACCAUUCAUAUUCAACAUUGAUUGUUACCAUUGGAAUGCAUUGUAAGGGUUAAUAUGUGCAUAAAACAUCAAUAUAGUCACUAUAUAAAUUACUGUCAGCAUACUCUGGUACUGGAUGGGACACUUAAAGGGACAUGGAAGUGACGCAUUUAUGUUUAAUGCAGAAUAUCCAGCUUCCUUUGAGUACUGCAUUAUAGGGUGUGCUUUAAAUUUACAAAUUAAAUUAAAUUCACUUUAUUUCAGCAGCCUGUAGUCACCUUUUACUGCUGAUGAUUUUUUUGAGGCUGCAGGCAAUAAAGCCAAGCAGACGUAUUAUCCUAUGGGUAGAGGCUGAAAAAAACACUGUAUCUCUAAAUAUAUGCAAAAAGGAGCAUGCAUGUUUUUAAUAUCACCCUUUAAUGCAGUGCUCAGAGACAGAAAGUGAUGCGUUACAUUUUAUGCAUCACUUUUAUGUUCCUAGAAAUGUUUUGCUGCCUGAGAAAUGUCUAAUUUAGUAGGAAAUACAGUUACUCUGUUCUUUAGUGUAAAUUUCAUACUGGCAUUGAUUACACUUUCUAAGUCAUAGGUUAUAAAUGUAUAAUAAUGGGUUGAUUUUGUGACUUUCCUCUUACUGGCUCUUAACAGCUUUACUUAAUAAGUUAUUUUGUUUUGACUGUAGGCUACUGCAAUAUGUGUGUAAAUGGAGGGCAUACUGAUUUUAUUCUUCUACAGUUCUGAUGAUGUCUUGUACAACAGAAUACAAAGGGCCCUUACUUCCAUAAGGUCUCUGAGCACCACUCUUGAGUAUUAAACACAACGGAAUGUGUUGAUGACUUUUUACAUUCCUGUAACUGUUACUUGCAACUGUUCACUUACAUAAGACACUGCAACUUGCUGUACUAGCAGAAUUUCACCACUGUGCUUUUGCUUUAACUGCUAAACGCAAAACAGAUGGAGCCACACACUCUACUGAUUUGCUCUGCUUACUUCAAUGCACUUUACCACCCAUUAGAGGGGUCAGUAAAGCCCCCUGGAGCUAAUGGGCUUUUAACAGAGGCUAAUACAACCACCUCCUCUAAAAACUGUCAUCUCUGAAAUCUCUGAAGACACAGAUGCUUUUUGCUCCUUUUCACUGUCCUCCAAAUUCAUGUACCUGUCCAUUACUCCAGUAUUGGCUCUAAAUUGUCAGCAGGCACACUCUGAGGCAGAAGGAUCUGGUGUAAUUUUAAAGGGCCAUUAUAGUGUUUGAUUGGGUCUGCGUCAGUUUCUUCUCAAAACCAGCCUCCAGAAUAGCACUUUAACUAUGUGUUUAACCCGUUUGUGGGGUUAAACACAUAGAUUUGCAAGGUUAUUAGUGUUAAAUGACAUGCUCUAUCAAAUUAGAGCAUAUAAUUUUUCUGGUAUAAUGACCCUCUAAAGGGAAGGAACCUGAUGCUUUUAAAAUGCCCAGUAGCUACAAUUUAUGCCCCUUCAACCAAUAAAAUAGGGGUUAGACUCUUUGUAUUUAAUUAAAACAGUUCUUAACUCUUACUACAAAUUGUCAGGAUCUGACUAAUCACCAAUGGGAAAUAUUGUGGCUCUCAUUUGUUUAGAACUUGUUGAAAGAUGAUCCUUAAAUCCUGGCUUUUUUACUUGAUAAAAAUAUCUUUUUAACUAUAUGUUAAACAUUAUUAGUGUUAUUUUGGGAACUAAUCCAGGUAAUGUUCAUAUGUGGUCAUAGCACUGAAAUGAUCAUCUGCACAUUCCUGUUAACUGACUUAACUUGGUUUUUAAGAUGUGUGUUAUUUAAGCAAUAUAUUAAAGGACUAUAUUUUGACUGUAAA